CGACGGUGGCCGGAGAGGGACGUUUACCUCAUGGAGCCCGCCGCCAUCCGCCAUCACUCGCACCGCCGCCGUUUGCUCCUCGGGGAGGCCGAGGGUCCCCUCACCCGCCGGAAAAGCCUCGACACUGCUGGCUCAACCGAAUCCUGUGUGCAGAGUUUGAAAGCCAAGAACGCCCCUAUGAAGAGGACGUCCUCUUCAGAUUCUACGGAUUCAGGCUGCUGCAUGGAUUCCCCUGGCCUGCUUGGCAUGACCGACCUUGAAGAAAGCUUUCGCCUGCCCAUGAGAAGGAUGUACUCCCUCCCGCACGGCCUUCUGGGUUGCAGCCCCGCACUGAAGAGGAACCACUCGGCUAGCCCAGAUUGGGACGUUUUCCAAGCCCUUGCACCCGAGGAAAACAAAGAGAAC